AUGACUCAAAAGCCCCUCACCGUGGGCAUUCUUACCACGCAGCCUCUAACCCUGUAUCUCCCCAUCCUACAAUCCCUGCCCUACUAUCAAAUCGCCAUCAUCUACGAUGUCUCCAACAAAAGCGCCAUCUGCCCAAAGGAUAAGGCCACCAACGACUCCGCCAACACCACAACGUCCAUCGCGCAAGCGUCCUCCCCCGACGCCGUAAUCAACCAUCCCUCCGUGGACCUAGUCCUCAACUUCAUGACCCCUUCUUUGCGCGAGAAAUACACCCUCGCCGCCCUGUCGGUCAACAAACACGUUCUCGUCGAAAGCCCCGUCGGCGUCAGUCUACCCAGCGCGCACCGCAUCAUCGACGCUAAGCGGAAAUCCCGGGGUCGAGUCUUCGUCGCCUCGGCGAGACGAUACGCCCCUUGCUUCGAGACCUUCAAGACCGAGGUUGCCGGCCUGGAGAGAAUUUACUACGCCCGGUGUCGGAACAUACAAGGCGGAGUGGCACAACCAGCCCCAGAUGUAAAUGGACAUGGAGAGCCAGACACAUCAGCAUCAUCAACAUCAACGACAACCCUAACCGCCAACGACACCGUCCCCUCCUUCCCUCUCGAAGCCACCAACACCUUCCACGCUCUCCUCCAAGAAGCCUUCCUGGGCCAAGACCUCACCACCGAACGCAUCCUCCUCUCGCGCCUCCUGACCGGACCCCGUGGCUGUUCCGACCUAUCAGUCAUGCGGGAAACGCUAGGCACCCCGGACGCGGUAUCCAACAUUGCAGUCAACGAGCCCUUCUACUCCGCUAUCUUCCACUAUAGUGGACACGACCAGGACGACCUCCCCAGCACCAGCACCAGCGAUCACGGCCCCACCCAAAACCGAACCGCAUACAUGCUCACCUACGAAUACGGAACGGAUGCCGUCCCUCGCUGCGACGCCCACCUAGCCGUGUACGGGGACGGCAAGACCGUGACGCUCGAAUACGACGGCGCAACGGUGCGAGUAGUCAUCGAGACAGCGGACGAGAAAGUCCCCGGGAAGGUGUCGCGUCGUGAAACUUCGAGUUCCAUGGAGCAGGCAUAUGCGGCGGAGUUGGAGGCGUUGUAUACGUUCCUCGUGGAGGGGAAGGAGGUCAAGACUACGGUGAAGGACUCGAUGGGGGAUCUCAGGUUGUUUAGGGAGAUUUUUGAACAGUAUGACCGACAGUGUGGGACUAUUCGGACGCCAUUGGGGUAA